AUGGUUAUGGAUGAUUUUUACGUUGACUUUCAUCAUGGAGGGUAUUUCGUUGAGAACAAAUAUGUAGGAGGUGAAAUGUCAAACUGGAAGUGUGAUGAUGAUAGAUGGUGUUGUUUUGAAAUUUUGGGGGUUGUUAAAGAAAUGAAAUAUCCAAUAGUUCAAGAAAUGUUGUAUGACUUUGCUGGAACCUUGAAGGCGCUGGAAGAUGAUUUUGGUGCAUUAGAAGCAUUACACUGGUCCAAGACUAAGGGGAAGGUUAACAUAUAUAUAAUCCACCCUAUUGAAGAACCAGAUUUAGAUGUUUCCCUACCUGAAACACAACCUGAGAAUAAUGUGGAGGAUUGUAUGGACCAAGGUGUUGAGGAUAAUGUGGAGGACUAUGAGGACCAGGGUGUUGAGGAUAAUAUGGAGGACUGUGGGGACCAGGGUGUUGAGGAUAAUAUAGAGGACUGUCACUAUUAUCAGGGUGUUAAGGAUAAUAUGGAGGACUGUGGGGACGAGGCUUUUGAGGAAAUUGUGGAGGAUUGUAGGGACCAGGCUUCUGAGGACAAUGUGGAGGAUAAUAUGGACCAAGAUGAGGAACAAAAUUUGGAUGCAUGUGUGGAGCAAACUGGGGACCAUCACGAGGAAGAAAAUGUGGACCACCACGAGGAAGAAAAUGUGGAUCAAAGUGUGAACCAUCACGAGGAAGAAAAUAUGGAUCAAAGUAUGGAUCAGCUUGAGGAAUAG